AUGAAUCCGUCAGCAGCCACCAUCCUCUCUAGCGCACAGUUGGACGACAAGGGCCACGCCCAGCUUCAGGCUCUCUUGUCCGCGUAUACAGCCCUGUCCGAAGCGGACAAGCACCGUCAAAAAGGCUCCCAUGUGUCGCAAGCGUUUGCAGUCUGCUUCCCCCACCACAGCGUGGCUCCCGGGGCCAGUGGGUACGAGUCCCAGCGUCGCAAGCCGUGGUCCACCAAUUGCUGGCUGCAACCGCAAGUGAUCGUCUCUCCGUCAUCGGCGCCACAGGUUGCGACGGCCCUGGCGCUCUGCCGAUUUUUCCACGUGCCGUUCUCCAUCCGCGGUGGGGGCCGGCUGCAGAUCCCCGGCUUCACCAGCAACGAGGGCGGCGUGGUCAUCUCCCUGAGCCAGUGCAAUCAGGUCGAGCUGUCGGACGACAAGAGCGUUGCCCGGAUUGGCGUGGGGUUGCGCUGGCUGGAGGUCUAUCGCCGGCUGGAAGCGCACGGGCUGGUCGUGGCCGGCGGCCGAGUGCCGGAAGUGGGCGUGUCUGGCUUGUUGCUGGGCGGGGGGAUCUCUUUCCAGAACAGCCAGUAUGGCCUGGGGGCCAUGAAUGUGUGCAACUACGAGGUGGUCCUCGCCGACGCACGGAUUGUCCACGCCAACGCGCACGAAAACAGCGAUCUCUUCUGGGCGCUGAAAGGGGGGGGCCCGAAUUAUGGGAUCGUCACGCGGAUGGACAUGAGGACUAUCCCGAACCAGAUCUGGGCGGCGGUGCAGAUCUACCCACCCACCGCCAGCGAGCAGCUGCUGGACGCUCUGAUGCACUACCACGAGGCCAUCGAAACAGACAACAAGGCGACCCUGAUCUGGAACGCGACCCCCCAAUUCAUCCUGAUCGUGUUUGUGUACUGUGCCCCCGUCGAGCGACCGACGGUUUUCGCCCCGUUCGACGAGAUCCCCCCGGUCGCCACCUUUGUGCCGGCCGGUGUGCGCUCGGUCUAUGACCUUGUCCAGGCCGUCGCUGCGGUCAAUGAAGCUGAGCCAUCGCUCCACGAGUUCCGAACCAUGUCCAGCCGCCCAGACAUCAACGUCUACCGCGCCAUCCAGAAAGCUCAUGCCGAGCAAGCGGAGGCAUUGAAGGAGGUGGAGGGGCUGACUCUGACCGCGGUCAUCCAGCCCAUGUCCUCACUCGCGAUGCAAGUCUCCGCCAACAGCCCGCUGGGGUUGGAGAUGGUGGGACAGCAAUGGUUCUUGGCGCGCGCCGAUUGGAAGCAUGCGCAUGACGCAGAGCGCGUGCGACAAGCGGUGCGCUCGAUGGUCGAUGCGGCGGAGGCGGCGGCCCGGGAGCACGGGGUGUAUCUUCCAUACAAGUACUCCAACUAUGCGGCGCGCGAUCAGAAUCCGUUGGCGAGUUACGGGGAGAGGAAUGUACGACGACUGGGGGAAAUUGCGCGGGUUUACGAUCCUGAUGCGGUGUUUCAGGUCUUGCAGAAUGGGGGGUGGCUGUUGGCCGACGUGGGGGUGUGA